CUCUUCCUCAUUUACCAGUAGUAUUCCUUCUCCGAUCCUCGCACAACACCACAUCCGUCUCCCACUCAACAUCAACUCUUCCCCUUCCAGUUUCCAACAGUACUAUUAUUCUUUUCCUCUUUCCCCUUCCCCAAGUUUUUGUAAAUUCCCUAACUUUUCUUUCUUCCUUCCUUUCCCAAGUCCACACUCUUCAGGAAUCAUUUUUCAAUAUCAAUUCCCUUCGAAGCACCGACUUCUCAAUCCUUAUUAAUAAAACCACAAAGCCAAACCUUUCCUUCAACUAUUGAAUAUUAUUAUAUCACCUCUCUCUCACUCUCAGCCAAAAUCAACAGUAAUUCGCCAAAUCCCAAAGAUGAUGCUUAGAGUUCGCAGCAGAGACGGUCUGGAACGAGUCACUGUAGAUAACCCACAACACACCACUGUCUCCCAACUCAAAGCCCUAAUCCAAACCCAGCUCCGAAUCCCUUUCCAGAACCAGACCAUCUCCACCAACCAAAACCUCCUCUUGGCCAAGACCCAUGACGACAUCUCCCGAUUCACCGACAUGGCAAAUCCCAACACUUCUCUCUCGGCCCUCAAUCUCUCCCAUGGCUCCAUCGUCUACCUCGCCUACGACGGCGAGCGCACCGUCGCCGGCCCCACCUUCCACCCGGCAGGCUCUUUCGGUCGCAAGAUGACCAUGGACGAUCUCAUCGCCAAGCAGAUGAAAGUCACCCGCCAAGAAAACCCGCACAGCGAGCUCGUCUCCUUUGAUCGCGAUUGCGCCAAUGCCUUCCAGCAUUACGUCAACGACACGCUCGCUUUCGCGGUGAAGCGCGGUGGAUUCAUGUACGGUACGGUGUCGGAGGAGGGAAAGGUGGAGGUGGAUUUCAUAUACGAGCCUCCCCAACAGGGGACUGAGGCGAAUUUGGUGUUUUUCAGAGACCCAGAUGAGGAAAAGUCGGUGGAGGCUAUUGCAAUGGGGUUGGGAAUGAGACGGGUCGGUUUUAUAUUCACCCAGACGGUGAGCCAGGACAAAAAAGACUAUACUUUGUCGAAUAGGGAGGUUCUUCAGGCCUCGGAGUUUCACGCGGAGAGUGGCUUGAAGGAGUGGGUGACUGCCAUGGUUAAAUUGGAGGUGAAUGAGGAUGGCGGUGCUGAUGUGCAUUUUGAGGCUUUUCAGAUGAGUGAUAUGUGUAUUAGAUUGUUUAAAGAAGGGUGGUUCGAGACUGAGAUUGAAGAGGGUCAUGAUCCAAAGUUGUCCAAGAUGAAGAAGGAUGUUGUUGUUGGGGUGAAGGAUACUAGGGAAGUGGACAAUGAUUUUUUCUUGGUGGUGGUAAAGAUCUUCGAUCACCAGGGCCCACUUUCAUCAUCUUUUCCUAUUGAGAACCGUAACGCCCCAGUGACGUUGAAGGCUCUGAAAAAUCAUCUGGAUCGUGCUAAGAGUCUUCCAUUUGUGAAGCGAAUUUCAGAUUUUCAUUUGAUGCUCUUGCUGGCCAGGUUUUUAGACGUAGCUGCAGAUAUUCCUGCUUUGGCAGAGUGUGUCCAUACAGAGUCACCCAUACCAGAAGGCUACCAGUUAUUAAUCGAGUCGAUGGCCAAUGCUUCUUGAUGCUGCUUUGCGUGCCCUUUUGGAAACCGAUACAUUCUAAGAUCUCAGACGAGUGUGGCCAAGCAAUGAUCCUUUAUUGUGAUUAGCUCCUCCUAUGCAACAAUCCCUGUUGGUGUCUUGUGCCAUGCAUCACGCAAAAAGUUUGCUUUGCCGCUUGAGUAGUUUAACAUGUCAUUUCUCAGGCACUUUGUGUACUAAAAAAUUCAAGCAUAUUAUUGCAUCAGAUGGUCUGGAUAUUUAUGCUUGCCAGAACGAGGCUUGUGUGAUUGUCGAUGUAUUAUAAUUUUAAAUUUAUGAAUUCAUGUUCAUCUUGCAAA